AUGCCGACGGUCGACGAGACGAGUCAGAGCGCUGCGCCAGCAGAGUCUCUGGAGGAUCAGACGCUCCUCGUCUUUGCACGCUUGAUGGAAGGCGGCCAGGAGGAUGAGGAUACGUGCAGAGAACUUGACAAGCUCACCAAGCUGCUCAACGACGACGCCAUCGCGCAGCAGGCGGACCCGAAGCACGGAAGCAUCUGCAGCGUCAUCGAUGGGGACUGCGUCGAUACCCUCCUGUGCUACCUCGACAUGCGGCAACCUGACAUUGUCCGGGGGCACGCCGCCUUGACCACGUCAUCCUACCUCAAAGCCGCCGGCGACGAAGGUUCCAAAAAGCUCUCCGCCUUCUUCUUCGACCGCGUCCGCAGGGGCACCUAUGACGACUACAUCGUCGCCUUUUGCGUCGCGUCAGCCACCUUCCCCAUCGUGCCCGACCUUUCUGCCGAGCUCUUCCUGAGCGAGGGCUUCCUCAGUUCCCUCGGCCGACUCAUGGGGCGCGAGUGGAAGAGCCGCAAGGUCGAAACGGCCUGCUUGGAAAUGCUCAACGCUGCCUGCAUGAACUCGGUCUGCAGAGAAGCGGUGGAGAAGUACUGCGUCGAGUGGUUGGAAGAAGUCGUCGACCAGGACCCCACCGGAGCGACGCACGGCUCGAACGGCGAGCCCAAGAUUCAAGGAGAGGACGGGUCUAUUUCCAUGAGACGGCACUCGGAGCAAGUGCAGCACCUUGCCGCCGUCAUCCUGGCCAAGCUCAGGGCGAUGCCGUCCAAGGCGGCGAAUGAGCCGAGCACGUCGAGGAUCGAGCCAGCAGCCACGAGCAUCGAGGACCUCGCCGAACUCUUCACCAAGCUCAUACUGAGAGACGAGGACCACGGCAGACAGCAUUCGAUCGAAGGCCUUGCCUAUGCGUCUCUCCAGCCAAAGGUGAAGGAGAGCAUCAUCGGCAACCGAGACCUGCUCGGGAAGCUGGUGCAGUCCCUGGCGGACGCUCAUCCGAGAUCGCCUGCGACCUACGGCGCCCUCAGCAUAUUCGUCAACCUCACAAGAUACCUGCCCGUCCUUACCGAGGAAGACAGAAGGAUGCAGCAGUUGAAGGCGUAUGCGAACGCGGCCGGCAGGCUGGCCGGACCGGACCCUCUCGACGACGAGGACCACGUCGCCAAGCGCUGCCAAGCCGUGUUCGAAGUCGGUCUCGUGCCUGUCAUGGUGACCCACAGCAAGAAUGGCUCUCCGGCAUCACUUUCCCUCAUCGCUUCCAUCAUGCACUCCAUGACGGCGACCAAGGCCCUUCGAGGCCAGCUGGCUCAGCAAGGAGCCGUCAGGCUGCUGCUGCUCGCCUGGGCGACCGUUCCCGAAACGGAUGAGGCUCAUCGGCGAAUGGCAGCCCAGGCCCUGGCGCGGCUGCUCGUCAGCACGAACCCUGCCCUUGCCUUUGGCGGAAACCGUUCCACGCCGGCGACGGCUGCGAUUCGGCCUCUGGUGUCCAUCGUAACCCCCGAUCCGGCGGCCGAGACGCGGGACUUGCUGCCAACAUUCGAGGCCCUCAUGGCCUUGACGAACCUCGCGUCUCUCGAGGACGGCGAGGCGGGCCGCGCCAUCGUUCGCAGUGCCUGGCCGCACAUUGAGGAGCAGCUACUGUCGUCGAACCGUCUAGUGGUGAAGGCGGCGGUGGAGCUGGUGUGCAACCUCAUGCAGACACCGGAAGGCGUAAUGCUGUACGCCGACGAGACGGCCCAGGCCAGGAACCGACUCCAUAUCCUCCUCGCACUGGCAGACGCCGAAGAUGAGGGAACGCGGAGCGCGGCCGGGGGCGCACUGGCAUCGCUGACGGCCCACCCGUCGGUUGUCCGUGCCAUUAUUCACCGGGAGCGCGGCGUGAAGACGGUGUUGGGCAUGUGCCAUGAUCCCGACGAAGGGCUGCGGCACCGUGGCGCGGUUACGAUAUACAACAUGGCCUCGGCCGAGGGAAACCUCGGUGAGCUUGCGCGAAACAAGGUCAAGGAGGAGGGCGGUGUGGAAGCGUUGAAGGAGUGCCUGAAGCAGAGCAGGCGGCCCGAAGUAAUCCAGAUCGCGGCGCAGGCUUUGAAGGCACUGGAGUAG